AUGAAGACAGAGAAACACACGUCCUGGGAAAGUCUAGAGGAUCUCACAGGCUCUAUCAUGACCUCAUCGCUUGUACCAUUCGCGCUGUCGGGCAAGCCGUGCAUCUCACACCGUGGUCAAUGGUACAUCGAUGGCGCCUUUACCAACUUCAAAGGCGUCGACUGCGACGAGUACUCGACCUUUGCCGACUUAUCCUUUCACAUAGCACAAACCGUGCUGCAGUCUGUACGAUCUGCCUCCACGGCGUUGGUGGGGUAUCUGAUCCCUGGUACCUGGGCAUUGCCAAGCGCUGAUGGCUCUGCUGCCACUCAAGAACGCUCCCCACGCGCCGUAGCUGCGCGUCUUACAUUCAAGCGAUGUGGUAAUGAGCUCACAUACUGCCCAUCAACUGGACAUCAGUCUCUGUGCUCUCGUGACGAGCGCUUCAAUUUUCAGCCUAUCGUUGCAACAUUGUUACAGCGCUCGACUGCCUCGAUCAAUGCGACCCCAGCUCAGCAGCAACGGCAUCGAGAGGGUGGCCUGCUGCUAUUCAAGUAG